AUGUCUCACACUCAACCAUCCCCCACAACGGGUGUGGCUCCGCACCAUGCCGCUGCGCAUCUUGCUGCGCACGCGCAGGCCAAUGGUCAUAUGCCAGCAAUCCCAGUGCAAGGUCAAAAGGGUGUUCCUCCUCUCACCACCGCUCAAAAGAUCGCCGCACUCAAUGAGCAGGUCUGGCUUCAAAUAGGAAGCUUGACCGAACUGAUGGGCGAUUUGGAGGGUGCAAUGAAUGCUUAUGAACAAGCUCUGCGUCACAACCAGUGGUCUAUCCCAGCUAUGAACGCCAUCUCGUGCAUCCUCCGGACAAAGGAGCAGUUCCCAAAGGCCAUUGAGUAUCUGCAGAAUAUCUUGAAACUGGAUCCCAGCAGUGGAGAGACCUGGGGCAGCUUGGGACACUGCCAUCUCAUGAUGGAUAAUCUGCAAGAGGCAUACACCUCUUACCAGCAAGCCCUCUACCACCUGCGCGAUCCUAAGGAACCCAAGUUAUGGUACGGAAUUGGUAUUUUAUACGAUCGCUAUGGCUCCUUGGAUCAUGCCGAAGAAGCUUUCUCGCAGGUGAUGCGCAUGGCUCCUGAAUUCGAGAAGGCCAACGAAAUUUACUUCCGCCUGGGAAUAAUAUACAAGCAACAGCAGAAGUUUAGCCAGAGUUUGGAGUGUUUCAAAUACAUCGUCAGCGACCCUCCACGCCCCCUGACAGAGGAAGACAUUUGGUUCCAAAUUGGUCAUGUUCACGAGCAACAGAAGGACUUUGAGUCUGCUCAAUCUGCCUACCAGCGUGUGCUCGAACGGGAUCCCAAUCACGCCAAGGUUCUCCAGCAGCUUGGCUGGCUCUACCACCAGCAGAGCCAAGCCUUCCAGAGCCAGGAGAAGGCCAUCCAGUUCUUGGAGAAGUCUGUCAACGCUGACAACACUGAUGCCCAAAGUUGGUACCUCCUCGGUCGCUGCUACAUGUCAAUGGCAAAAUACCCCAAGGCAUACGAAGCUUAUCAGCAAGCCGUCUACCGCGACGGUCGCAACCCUACCUUCUGGUGCUCGAUUGGUGUUCUCUACUACCAAAUCAACCAAUACCGCGAUGCGCUCGAUGCCUACUCUCGUGCGAUCCGCCUGAAUCCUUACAUUUCGGAAGUUUGGUACGACCUGGGUACCUUGUAUGAAUCUUGCAACAACCAGAUCGCCGAUGCUCUCGAUGCAUACGGACGCGCCGCAGACCUUGAUCCGAGCAAUGUUCACAUCAAGGCUCGUUUGCAACUUCUACAGAGUCAACUGAAUGCCGGCACUGCUGGCCAGCAGCCGUCCAAUGCGCCUGCACCUCAGCCGCAGGAUGUUCAUCCUCAGGCUUAUCAAGCACCUGGUGUUGGUGCGCCUCCAGCUCCCCAAUGGGGUGCCCCGGCUCCUAUUGGUCCUCCUCCACAAGCUCCUGCUCCUCCAAGAUCGAUUCCUGACUGGAACCGUGGUAUCAACGAGCUUCAGUCCCAGGCCCAAGGUCCUCCGUCCAACGGUCUUGAUCAGCGUGAUACCCGUCUCCCCGGCGCCCCCGCGCAAAGCCCUCGCCAGGAGCCUGGUCGUGCGUUCCCAGAUCCCCGUGGUGCGCCUCGCUCGCCUAAGAUGGGUGACCCCACUCCUUACCCUCCGCCUCACACCCUGCCUCAAAUCGCAAACGCACCUGCUCCGGGCCAUGAACGAGCCCCCAGCGGUGGCAACGCAUUUGGUGCUCCAAGGGCCGGCCUUCCCCCCGCUCCCCCUGGUCCUCCUGGUCCGCCUGGUCCUCCUGGCCACGCUGGUCACACAGGCGGUGCUCCUCCCCCUCCUUACCAGGGUCGUCCUUUCAGCCCUCCUUCUGAAAUCCGCCCCAUUCGCGAUGAGCGCCCCUCUUCUCCUCCAUCCGCAUACCCCCACCAACAGUUCCACACUGGCCCUGCCCUCCCCCCACAGGUUCCAGGUGGUAACUCCAUCGCCUCUGGUGCCCCAGCGCCUCCCUCUGCCGCUACCGCUGCUGAGGCUGCCGCCCGUGAUCGCGAAGAUCGCCCCACUUCUGCCAUGAAGCGUGGCCGUGAAUGGGAGGCUGAUACCGGUCCCAUCAAGAAGCUUGCAAAUGACGAAAGCCGCGCCCGUCUUGAUGACCAGAACUCCCGCCGCCCGAGCCCUCCCGGUCGUAUGCCUUCUCCUGGCGAGAUGCAACGGCGAAGCUCUUCAGAAGCCCGUCGCGAGGACGCCCGUCGUGCCAAUGAGAACUAUCACCCAUCAGAGGCUGCCCAUCACCCUCCUACCCUGCCUUCGAUCCAAGAUAUGCCUCCCCACGCUGCUAGCGGCCCUAGCCUUCCCCCGAUGACUGAAGGCUCUGCUCCCCCGUCCAACGGUCCUCCUUCUGGUCCUCCUUCCGCCAACACUUCUGUCAAGGAGGACCCGUCUCGCCCCGAGGCACCUCCCGCACACGAGCCUCCAGCGCGGAAAAUGGAUGUCGAUGAGGACUACGAUGACGAAGGAGAAGAAGAGAAGAAGGCUGCUGCUGUCAAGGGUAGCCCCAACGGUAGCGCUACCGGCAACCCAGCCAACGGCACAGCUAGUGCCCGCCCCGGCACACCCCCUAAGGCCGAUCCUUCAGCUUAA